AAAUAAACUGACGUUUGUCUGGUUCCAGUAGUGUCUCCGCCUAACGACACACUUCCAUCGUUUUACAUCCGAAAAUAUUAACAAUAAAGUGAAUCUUGAAAUUCUGGAAAUCAGAGCGGUUUGAAGAGUUUUGGGACACGGAGGACUAAUUGUAGAACUCUGGAUACUCACAAACAGAUCUUGAGGAUGAGCCCAACUCGACGGAACCUGUUCGGUCCCAUCGACAGAGAGCAGCUGCGUGUGGAGUACAAGGCAGCCUUGCAAAAAGACCUGGAGGAAGCGUCACGUUGUUGGGGAUUUGACUUCAUCUUAAAUAAACCUCUAGAGGGCAGCAAAUACCAAUGGGAAAGUGUUCCAGGAACCAAGGUGCCACUCCUCUACCGGUCCUGUGGGCCUGUUCUGGAGAAGGCAGAAGGUCAAAAGGUGGCAGAGGAAAGCAUCAGCCCCAAGGGAGAAAGGGUGGAGCCGGCACCGAGUGAGAAGGAAUACAUCCCGCGCUCCUCUGAGGGAUGCACGCUCAGCAUGACGGAACUGCAGAAAACACCAGAGAAAAGUGAACACACCAGACUGAAGAGGAAACAGACAAACAUUACAGAUUUCUAUCAGGCUAAAAGAAGAGUGGUGUGGACACCACGUAAAUCUGGCCAGUGAUGUUUGAUGCAGCAUAUCAGUAUUUGGGGAGAACAACACACAGCACUUCAUUUUUCACUCAGGAAUAUUAUAUUCUGCACAGUAAACUCAGACUGAGAAGAUAACUGACUUCAGCUAUGCACAGAUGUCAUCACUGU